GUAGCUAUAUGGAUAAUAGUUGUGUGCAGUGUGAACGGCAAACGUUUGCGAAUUUGUGGAAACAAGAUCCAAUUAAUUGGCGAUAUUGUGUGUUUCCUUGUUGCUUUUUCGGUUGUUUUUUUCUUUCUUACUUUCUAUUCUUGCCAUAGCAACAAUGGAAAUUAUUUUUUACAAACGCGGCGCCUGCUGAUGAGAGCAUCGAAGCUGUAAACAAAGUCACUUGCACCACCAAUCCAACUCUCAUUCAUUAUUCGAUCGUUCAAAUAGUGCAAUCGGACGAAGCGGUCCUCCCCAAAAACGCAAAAAACCACAUAGUUCAGUUUCGUAGGCUGUUUAGAUUAUUAGUGACCGUUUAGUGUCUGUGCUUUUUUUUCUACCGGAAGUGAUUCGAAUUUUUUUUUUUCGCGGGGCGACUUGUUUGUUUCCACCAAUUUUUGAUAAACCAGUAAGAUUUAUGGGAGUGUUUUUUUUUUAUAGCGGGAAAGAGUAACCUCCAACCGAUUCAACCAUUGGUGUAUUUAUGUUUAAGGGAUACGAGUUGAAAAAAUGAAUGACAAAAUCAUUUAUUAAUGCCAUUUAGGGCACAUCGAUGCCAAAAUUCUCAAUGAGAACUUCUCGUUAUCUCAAAAAAGCAGGCGUAUUUUGGGAUUUUGGAGGCGAAUAUCAUUUAAUUUAUUCCAAAUUGGAAUAUCCAAUGUUCACAAGGAAGAAGAAGAAGAAGACUCAUUGAACGAAAAAAAAGGGAAGAUGAUCAGGGAAAAGACGAAGAGUUAAUAAAUCAUUGGCAAAUAAAAAUGCACUUUAAGUUCGUACAGUUCAAAAUUUAAAUAAUGUUCCUUCGAUAAUUCACACAAUUCGAUCGUCUUUUUAAAAGUCUUCAAGAGUCUUCUUCUGAUGGCUUGAACGAUGGUCCAAUCAAUGAAAUUGUCUUCAGAAAAUCCAUUUUCAACCAAUAUCAAGGUUUCUCAGACAAAAAUCUCUGAAUUUUGUCAAAUUUUAAGUCUAUUUUGAAGAAGUAUCGAGCCACUUGAGAAAUACCUUAAAAUUUUGUUGAAAAAUACAAAAAUACAAUCCCAAGAUUUUCUUGGAAUUUUCCACAUAUUCGGUCAAGAAAAAAUAAAAUUAACAUUAAGUCGAUUCGUGAUCCAAUCGUCAAUAUUCAUGACAAAAUCCCGAUUACACUUGGCUCAGGCUAAAAAGACUGUUGUGAUUUAUUCCUUGUGUAUAAGUUCAUUGUCAAUGUUGUUAUUCCACCAAAAGAAAUCUCGUCUCUUUUUUGGCUGUGAUUUUUUUCGCGCAAAACUUGGGUGUAUUAUCAGUAAUCAUAAGUCACUUGCCACUGGCAUCGCAAAUCAAAGAGCACAAAAUUGUAGUUCAAUCUUAGUACGCACACAAACAUCAUUGAUAUUUCUUAUCAAAAUUAUUUCGAAAGGGGCCGUUUGCAGCCGAUUAAUGGCCAACCGAGAUAACUUCUCUCGUUAUGUACAAGUGAAUCAUCUGACAAAACAAAAAAUAUUGCGAAUCUAUAAAUAUUGAGAUGGAACUUUAACCCAGAUGCUGAGGCUCUUAUUAAUGGCUGGCGCAGGCUAAAGUUUACUUCAUUAUCGCUGUGUGGCUUCGGUGGAAUUUUUUUUUUUAAAUAAUUUUCUUUUGCUUUCAUAAAAUUGAUAGUUAUUUUCCCAUACGCUGGAAAUGAUGAUAAUUUGAAUGUUUGAAAUUUAAUAUCAAAAAUGAUAGUAAGCUGAGUGGUUGAAAGUGUCUUGUUAUACACAAAAAAUGUUUGAAAUUGGCUUGCUAGCGGGAAUGAAAUUCAAGUCUAGUUUUUUUCUAAAUUUGAUCAUAUCAAAACAACGCCAGCCUAAACAAAUGGCUGUCAAAAUUGUUUUCGUUGGACGAAUGAUUGAUUGUGUUUAGUAACUGUUAUCAAACACCGUCGAUUGUUAUCAGAACGAAGCCACUUGUAAUUUCAAAUUCCACAGGCGAACGAAUCAAUCGGACGCUACUGGAGCGCACCAGAACAAUACUAUCAGCAUACUUGUUAUCGUGCUUACGUUUUAUGCUGAAAAAAAAACAAGAAAAUUCACAUUGUUUGAGAUUUUUUUUAUAGGUCUCUCAAGUUUUCUUUCAAUUCCAUUCUUGAGAACUGAAUGUGGUAACGGAUUCCAUGGAAAAUCAAAGUAAAACAUUGACGUUUGUUUGCCAAUCGAUCAAAACGUGAAGAGUGUAUGAUUUAAAACCGUACCAAUUAGUGUCGAAAACACUCAUUGAGUGUCUCCAAUUUACCGUUGACGAUGAUUGGGACGAAUUGGUCGAUUCACAAUCAAUUUUUUGUACGCACAUCAAUCGUUCGAAUCAAUUGAAUUGCUGCAUAGUAUAUUCAGUAGCAAUCCAAUGACAAGUGAUUACGAGAAGCGAUACAUGCGCGUGUGUAUGGAAUAUCGCUCUGUUUCUUCAUCGGAUUCAAUUCACCGAUAAAACUCGUUUUUAUGGUUGAAAUUUGGUUUUGGAUGAUUUUUUAUUACUUUUUUUACGUUUUAUCACACUUUUUCCAAUCUUUUUUACUCUUUUUCGUUUCGUUUUCAUUUAAUUUUCUUUUCCUUGGGUUCAAUGGGUUCUCUAUUUUCUCUGCUCUUUGAAAGAGCUUCUUUUUGCUCAUUUCCUCUCUCCUUCUCUUAACCUUUUUCUCCCUCGCGCUCUCUCUCUCCAUCCCUACUCCAAAAGCGUAACGUGACUGAACUGCGUAAAUAAAUGUAAUCUAGGAACUAAGACGUCAAGCCAAGAAGAAUUUGUCGUAGUUUCCUUUUGAUUUAUGAAUCACAUCAUAAAUUGUGGUGAACGAGUUGUCAGCCGGUAAAUCUUAUGACACUCGUGAUGAUUACGGAUUAUUUAUUGGGCUAAACACUGAUAACUGAAAUUCGUGCCGAGGUUCAAAUGUAAUAAAUGCGCUUAGAUGCAGCGGCGCUGUACAGUGUACCUGUUGUACACUCAUCAAAAACGCUCCUAAGCAGACUACAAUAGCUCUCUUAAUGAUGAUAAUGACAUUUAAAAACAACGAAGAAUAAACAUUUUGCUACAUAUUCUUUCGCGGGAAGCGUCUCGGUAACACAAUGUGAUGAUAAUGUGGUUGGUGAUGAUGACACACCAAUUCACUUGUGUAGCGGGUUUGUUAUUAUAAUGAGAUUAAAAUGCGGUGUCAACAUCCAACUUUGUUCUGAUUUGCAUAGUCAAUGGUCAAUAGCAAUUAGCGAGUGUUGCACUGCAAGAUUGUUGCAUGCGCGCCAUGAGAUGCGGUUCAUAUGCCGCAAAUUUGUAGUAAUGAUAAGUAGACCGGUCAUGCAAUCAAAAAUGAUCAAUCGCUUCUUUUUGUACCGAAAUGGUCUGGGAAAUUUCUUUACAAUUUCUUGAUUUAAAUCAAAAAUGAACUGUGUCUGCUUUAGAUCGACAAUUUCGGCAAAGCAAAAGAGAAAAUUCCAAAUUUUCAAUUUUUUUUCUCCAUUUUUGGAUUUUCCAUUUUCCAUUGAUCGAUUUACAACCAAAUGGGAUUCAAAGCGCUUGAAUUAGGUUUGACCGUCAUGUUCCACCAACAAAUACGUUCACUGCUCUUCAAAACAGUAAAUUGGCCAAUUUAAUUCGAUGAAAUUCUAGAUUAUUAUUGCAUUUAUGCCUAGAUUUGAGUAUCCACCUUCAGUUAUGCUAGUUGAAGUAAUCGAGUUUUUCGAUCUCUUUGGAAUGUUAAAGUUGAAGUGGAAAAAUGCCAUGUGACUAGAUUUGAAGUUAAAAUAGUCCAUUUUCGUACAGUCUAACAUCUAUUAGAUUAGACAUAGUCAUCUGAGUUGUGAUCUUUCAAAAUGCGACUGCACGUCACACACUGAUUUGAUACAAUUAUUCCAAGUCCGCGAUGACUUUGUAUCUGCGAAUCACUUAUGCGUGAUCACUCUUCGUCUUCAAAUAGUCAAAAAGUGUGCAGACGCCGUUAUGCUGGCCACAAAUUAAGUGGCGAGAUAUUUCUGUGUGACAUAAUUGUAAAUAUAUUGCAGCCGUGUAUGAUCCACGUGCAGGUGUCGCAGACGUAUUUGGUCUGCAAAUAAAAAUGAUGUAUCCAAAAAUACCGCGAAGCGAUGACAGCCGAAAAAAGGGAACAGAUAUCAAACAUGUACGGUUUGUUUGGCUUGUCUGCUUGCGCACAGAUUCCAUGGCCUUCUUGUUGUUAUUGUUAUUUUUGUGUAUAUCAUGGUAGCCCCUUUUGUUUUGGUUGCUAUGUUGUUAUCAGGUGCGGCUGGAAGCAUAAAUCAUCGCGAAACUUCCCAAAAAUAAACGUGGCCUAGACAUGGAACGAAUAUAUCGGUUGAACAAAUCUAACCGUUAGACGAAACAACGUUUUUUUCAACGACAAUGUCCUCCUUCUUUUUCUUUUUCAUUUCUAAAACAAUCGACUUUUUUUGCUGCUGUUGUUGUUGUUAUUACUGUGUUUUUUUUCCUCCAAAGAACAAUGAAGUGAAAAGUAAACGGUAGACUAGAAGUACGUUACGCCUAAUGCCGUCAUUGUCGCCUGGUUAUUGAUGCUUUUUUUCUAUCUAAUGCUACAGCAUCUUUACGUUUGUAGCAAAGCAAACACAACGUGCUCUUUGCAUACACGAAAAUUCGCCGUAUAAAAUGCCACACUUUUUUACCCAAUCCAUCAGUCAGUUAGCAUUUGUAACGGGUAUCGUUGGAAUUUCCGGGUAAAAAAUACACAUCCAAUCACAAUCAAUUCUUACGAAAUAUUUGCGAUAAACAUACAAAACUUCUUUAUCAACUUUUGGAAUAAAGGAAAAAAAAACGGCUUUUUUCGUCGGUUUUAUCAUUAGUUUCGUUACGAUUUUUUCAAAGAGCACAAAGAUUUGUUGAAUGCCUUGUUUUGAUUUUAUAAAACUAAAUUUUUUUGCCUUAGUUCUGUUUUUUCUCCGGUUGAAGCCGACUUGAAGACGAUUUUGUUGCAAUUUUUUCAAAUUUAGUGAGACAAAAUAUCAUAGACGUUGUGAGGAGUAAAAUCCAUUGUAGUAAACUGGUACCAUUCAUCUUGCUCGAUGUUGUUCAGUUUCGUUCAAUUCCAUUCAAUCAGUUAAGAAUAAUCUGAGACCUCGUGUGUGUGUGUAUGCGUGUGUGUGCGAGGUCAAUAGUUCAUCGGUUAGUUGCCAACGUGCAAGUCAUUUGUAGCCAAAUCGUUCUAUUAAUUACCGAUCGAUGUUUACCUGCUCAGUCUACAGAGACAGACCAAUAAAUCCAAUAGUUCAAUAACUUUGUGUAUUUGAUUUAUACAAAAACAUACACAUAGACAUCUUCGCCAGUUGUUUUGAUUUUUUUUACCACAAAAACAGAAAUACCCACCCAAACUACGUGCGGAUCUUCUGUUCAGAGUUAAUUUUGAUUUAGAAUAAAUAAAUCAAAACUCGUUUUUUCGCCGUGAUUGGGGUUUUUUCUAUUCUCGGCGUUGGGUGAUUAAAAGCGUAAAACCAAAUUGAUUUCUAGCUGUGAUUUUUGUGAAUAGUUUUUUUUGUCGGUUUCAGCUGUUCAGUACAUUUUGAUUUUGUGACUUACUACUUCUUUGGUCCAAAUGAAGAUAUCUUCUAACUCAGCUGUGAUAACUCAUGAUCAGCAAACCAAAAGAUUUUGUGAUAACUCAUGGAAAACAUUUCAAUAUUUAGCACAAUCGGCCCAUUUUGUUCACUAAGCUGAUCAAAAUAAUGGAAAUCUCUCACUUGUACCGAAUCGAUUAAGUAUGUAUCGGCUGUAAACAAAACGAGCCUCCGUGUGUCGGUGAUCAGUUCUACAUUCACACAAUUUCUGGUUUUUUUUUGUCUAUACACAAAAGUCAAUACGGCCAUUAAUUUGCGACAGUGGUUAUGACUAAUUGAUGUGGCUGCAAAUUAAUACAAAUCGAAACUCAAAGAAAAUAUGGGAAAAAAAGCCAAAAACACCAGUUGAUUUCGUAUGGUUGAUCAGAACAGACGACAAAUCGAUGUCCUACAUUUCGUUCGAAUUUGUCGUCUUUUUUCAACUUACAGAAUAUUUUCCCACGAAAAAAAAACUUACGAUUAGAUUAUUAAAUUUGCCAAGUCGUCCAUUAAUUCAGACGUCACGCUGAUUGAAAUUUUGUGUGGUGUAACGAAAAAGAAAAAUCGAGUGCAAAACAAUGGGUACCAAAACGAUUGACAAAGUUGCUAUGUUUUUGGGUGAAUUGCUCGGUACAGCGCUGUUGUUAUUCCUUGGGUGUAUGGGUUGCAUGAGCUGGAAUGGUCAACCAGUCAGCUCAUUUCAAUCAGCAUUCACAUUCGGCAUGGUGGUCAUGCUUAUCAUUCAGGCAUUUGGAUGCGUUUCAGGCGCACAUUUGAAUCCGGUUGUUACAAUUGCUGCCUACAUUUACGACAUGAUCUCAGCUCAGAUGGCCUGUUUUUAUUUUAUCGCACAAAUGUUGGGUGCAUGGAUGGGAUAUGGAUUGUUGAUGGUAAUGACUCCAGCUGAUAUUUUUGCUCCACUUGGCGCUACUGGACCAGCGUUGUGUGUGACCGCACCACAUGCAGAUUUGACUCCAUUCCAAGCUGUCGCAAUGGAAUACAUUUCAACGACGGUACUCAUUCUGAUCUGUGGUGGUGUGUGGGAUCCAAGAAAUGCCCAACAACAAGACUCAAUCCCAUUGAAAUUCGCCUUUGCUAUCACAGCUAUCGGAACCAUUCUCGGUCCAUACACCGGUGCCAGCAUGAACCCCGCAAGAUCAUUUGGACCAGCGCUAUGGAAUCAAGAUUUUACCAUGCAUUGGAUCUAUUGGGUGGGUCCAUUGCCAGCCGGCGUCAUCACUGCCAUCAUCUACAAAACCGUGUUCCGGCGAGAGGUUGAACAGAAACGGCCAUCACAAGUGUCCGACAUCGAUCGCAAAAAACCGCAAGUGAUAAUCACCAUGCCGAAUGACGUGCAAAUCAAUCACAUGUAACCGUGGGUAGUGUUCUUUGACUUUGAUACAUCCAGUAGCCACUAGUUCACUUGGAUUCUGCUGCUCGAUUCGGAGGACAUUUCGGCUGAUACGAUAGUGGCUUUCGAUAGGUGUCUAAGCUGAUUUAAGACUGGGGUAAUCGGCAAUUAUUUGACUGGAUGGCAUUUGCAUUUAACACAGGAGAUAUACAUAAGUUAAUGUUUGCUUUAAAGACAGGGAAAAACCAAAUUUGACUCGAAUUUAAUUGAAUAAAAAUUGCACUGAUUCGAAUCCAAACAAAUUAAUUACGGACUUUCAGAGGUUUUUAUCAAGUGAAUUUCUUAACCUAACAACAUUAUCACAACUCAGACUCAGCAAGAUCUUGAAAUUUCACAUUAUUUUUAUUACUUUGUAUCGUUUAAUAUUCAAAACCCUUUUGUGAUUUAUGAGAGAAUUUAAUUUCAUCUUAAAAUAUCUUAUUUUAAGACCUAAACUUUACGUUUCUGUUCUAGUUUUUAAUCUUGUCGCCAAAAAGAGCGUUUAUUUAGAGAAAAUGUGAUUUAAUUUAAUAAUCAAUAAGCAUUUUGUAUCAUUAUCAUAUCUGUGCAUGUAUUUUCCGGCCAAAGAAUUUACCCAAAUUUAUCGAAUUGAAAAAGACCAAAGGAAUGUGUUCAAUUUUGAGCCGAAUUUAUCAAAAAAAAUUCUUUUUCCAUAAAAUGAUAGAAAAA